GGUAAAUCAACAAGGAGAAGAUCUCUUCUCAAGUUGCUGUGAGGAUUAGAUCAGUCCAAGUGUUCUGUUCAAAUGAUUCCAGAAGAUGUAUCACCAUUAUCAUCAAAGCCACAGCAAUAUCUUUUCUUCUAGGGAAACUUUUCCUGCAGACGGGCAAUUGUUGCUGCAAAGAGGAGGGAGUGCUCCAGAAGAGUCAGGACUGGUUCUAUCAACCGAUGCCAAGCCUAGGUUGAAGUGGACAUCUGAGCUCCAUGAGAGAUUCAUAGAAGCUGUGAAUCAACUUGGUGGAGCAGACAAGGCUACACCAAAAACAGUCAUGAGACUUAUGGGCAUUCCUGGACUAACACUGUAUCACCUGAAAAGUCACCUACAGAAGUAUAGGCUCAGUAAGAAUCUCCAAGCUCAAGCAAACAGUGGAAGCACCAAGAGUGUUAUAGGUUGUACAUUAGCAGCAGAGAGAACAAUUGAUGUCAAUGGAUCUUUCAUGGUUAACACAAGUACCAUGCCCCAAUCAAACAAAAGUUUUCAGAUAAAUGAAGCACUUCAAAUGCAAAUUGAAGUCCAGAGGCAGCUACAAGAACAUCUUGAGGUUCAAAGGAAUUUGCAACUCCAAAUAGAGGCACAAGGAAAAUACUUACAGUCAGUGCUGGAAAAGGCUCAAGAGACACUAGGGAAACAGAAUUUAGGGUCUCCAGGAGUGGAAGAUGCCAAAGUUCAGCUCUGUGAACUUGUUUCCAAAAUCUCAAGUGAAUGUUUCAGCAAUGCAUUUCAAGGAUCAGAAGAAAUACCUGGUCUGAACACUUCAGAGCUGCAUCCAUCUCAACCUGUUGAUUGCUCAGUAGAAAGUUGCUUGACAUCAUUUGAAGGAUCACAAAGUGCCUGUAAAAGCUUGAGAAGCUGCAAUGGCAGCUUACCACUGUGCCAGCAACAAGUUCAUGAGAAUAGCAGGCUUGAAAACACUCAAUCUGCAUGGUGUUAUUUGCAUGAGCACAAGACUUUUUCCUCAUCCAGCUUAGGAGAUUCAGAAAGGACAUCUUUCGCAGCCCAGAAGGACUUUGAGACACUUCCUACAAGCAUUAAGACCCAAAAUGAAGGAGGAACUGGUUCUGAGGCCCAGGGAAAGGAAAGUGAUGAUGAGAACAUAUCUGUUGAGCACCCAAACAGCAGUAGACCUGCAGAUCAACAGGGGAGAGGCAAGCAAUCAGAUAGAUUUGGGCUGCUUACUCACACAGCACAACUUGAUCUCAAUGCCCAUGAAGACAAUGAAGGUGGUACAAGUAGCAGAUUUGACUUGAAUGGCUUUAGCUGGAGCUGAUUUGUGCCUAGAAGAGAAAGAUCAAGGAUAUACCAUUUAUAAUGUUGCAGUACUGAGGCAUGUUGCACUAUAAUCAUGUUGCAAAGGUGAGCACUUGCUUCCUUAACCAAUCUAUUUAACCAAAAUAAUUGAUGGCUAUAACACGAAGCUAAUGAAAAAGGACAGUGCGCUGCAAGAAACUGAGGAUGCAUGUAAAAUACAGCAGUAUAAAGGAGAAUCUCAAUACCAUGCCUUUGUAGCCAAACUAGCCAUUCUAGCAAGUCAAUUUCUUUGAUAUC